AUGUUCACCUUCGCCACCUCCGCUAGCCUCUUGGCUCUCGCCGGCUCCGCUUUCGCCGCAGGUCUCAACGCAUCCACUGUAGCUGAGAUCGUCCAGGAGCUCCGUCUUGCUCCCACCAAGGUCGACCAGUCCAAGAUCACCACCGACGAGCUUUCCGUCUUCGACUUCAAUGCGGCGCAGAAGGGUGACAUCGGUGUCACCACUGGUACCGCUGGCCACACCGUCGCCGCUGACUCGGCCAACUUCCCUGCCGUUGUCGGUAACGGUGUAUCCAUGACCAUCGGUUACCUUGGCCCCUGCGGCAUGAACAGCCCCCACACCCACCCUCGCGCCACGGAGAUCAACUUCUCGCUGAACACCACUCUCCGCGGCGGUGUCUUAAUCGAGAACGGUGCCCGCUUUGCCGAGAUCGACAUCCGCCCCGGUACCGCGACCAUCUUCCCGCAGGGCGCUAUCCACUUCGAGAUGAACCCCUCCUGCGAGGAGGCGAUGUUCGUUGCCGGCUUCAACGGCGAGAACCCGGGUGUGCAGCAGGUCGCCCAGCGCUUCUUCGGUCUCCCCCCGGACAUCGUCGGCGCUGCCCUCGGUGGCCUCGGUGUCCAGGAGGUCCUCGACCUCGAGGCGUUCAUCCCCGACAACGUCAUCCUCGGUGUCGACGAGUGCCUCCAGCGCUGCGGCAUUGAGCGCACCGCCCAGCCCAACGCACAGCGCCAGCCCCGCGUCUCCGCGAACGCUUACCCGCCCACGAUCUCCGCGGUGAACGUCAACGAGCUUCCGGGCACUGACAGCCCUGCUGCUACCCAGCUUUACGCUGCUAAGGGCGCUGCACCCACCGGCUUCGCAGAUGACUUCGUCCCCCUCUGCGACUCUCCCUACGACUGCGAUGCCGCUGCCUCAUCCGUCCUCGCCACGGCCGCACCCCUGCCCACCGCCGCUGCCGCACCAGCUGGCCGCCGCGCUGUUGUCGAGGAGCGCUCGCCAUUCCCGGAGGUCACCCAGAUCGCGCUCCGCCGCUAA